AUGUCUGGUAUAGACACAGGCAGACCUCAAGAUAGAGGCGUCUCAGAAAUCCCCUCGAAACAAAGGGCCUGGCAUGUAGUUAAGCGUGGCAAGCCCUCUGAGGCACUGGUAUUAGCCUCGGAUGUGCCAGUUCCUUCGAAGCUCGCUGAAGGCGAGGUCCUCGUAAAGGUUCGGGCAGCUGCUUUGAAUCCUGUAGGUUUCAAGAUCAUGCAAUUGGCCCCCGGCUUUAUAGCGAGGAAGCCGUACGUACCAGAGCAUGACCUAGCUGGAGUCGUAGUCGAGUCGAACGACCCUGCCUUCUCUAACGGGGAUAACGUUUACGGCAUCAUACACGUUCAACUCAACCUAAAGACGCGCCUGGGUGCACUCUCUCAGUACACACGGGUCCCGGCCUGCAAUCUGGUUCUAAAGCCGGAAAAUCUAUCGGCGGUGGAUGUUGCAGGUAUACCCUUAGCAGCUUUGACAGCUUAUCAGGCUCUCUUCGACAUCGCACAUCUCGAGUCUGAACAGUGCCUUCUCGUAAACGGAGGCAGUUCUGCUGUCGGAGCCUUCGCUAUUCAAAUGGCGAAAGCCAAAGGGUGCAAAGUUACUGCUACCGCUAGCGCAAAGAACGAGGAAUUCGUCAGGGGACUCGGUGCAGACGAGUUUCUUGACUACACUAAGGCACCUUUAGAAUCGCAAUUGUCCGAGAACCCUCCUUCGCCCAAAUUUCAUGUUAUCUUCGAUGCCGUAGGACUUCUGGAACCCUCCUUGUACACGAAGAGUCCAGCAUAUACCACUGCCGAUGGCAUCUACGUGUCCACCGGUCCACAGCCCAAGGCCCUCAAUGCCAGGGAGAUGAAGACCACAGCGAAGAUGAUGUGGGAGGUGUUCCUGCGGCCUCGGUGGUUGGGUGGGACGAAGCGCAAGUGGCGCGUGGUUAGCAUGAAUCCCAAGAAACAAGACCUGGACGCAAUCGCUCAGAUGGUUUCUGAAGGGAAGGUCAGACCCCUGAUCGACUCUGUCUUCUCCUUCCAGGACGCUCUGAAGGCAUACGAGAAGCUUAAGACUGGCAGGGCCAAGGGCAAGGUCGUGGUCGAGGUUGAUGACAGUGUGGAUGUGAACGGCUAAAAUUGUACUCAAGCGGACUACUCAUGCAUGCCCAAGGAUGUGAUCUGGAGGCACGUAUUCUUAUUCACGCUGUGUAUUAGUAGUUACUAUUGUAUAGGCCUCAAGUGAGCCAGCGGUUGUACUGUAUGCUGUUGUUGACGAUGAGCGAUCAAUGACAGGCCCCAGGCUUGACAGAU